AUGUGGAACGUUAUUCGUGCACUAACAAUUUGUGGACUCUUAAUUUUAACAGAAGAGCAGCUUGCUUCGACACCAGCACAAACUCUUACAUGUCCCGGUACGUUAAAGCCUUGUGGAAACAAGUACUGCUAUGAUCCAACUACACACAUUUGCUCGGACGCUGGUACAAAUGUGACAUGCGUUGCUACAUGUGGAGAGGAGUGUUAUAAUGACAAAACGCACAUCUGUAUUAAUAACAAGAUAUGUACCAUUGGUACACAUCUGUGUGAAAUUAGAUAUGAUGCUUAUUUUGGCAAACCUAUUGAACCACCACAGUUACAAUGCUACAAUUCCCUGAAUCAAAGGUGUUUAAAUCAUACAAUUUGUCAUGAUAAAGAUCGUAUAUGCAAUGGGCAAUGCAUACUGUAUGGAACAUCGAACUCAUGGCUUCAAUCAGGGUAUGAAGGUGAAUAUAAAGUUUGUGCGGCUGACAAUGUAACACUAUGUACGGUUCCACAAAAAUAUACUUUUUAUAAACCGAACCAAAUGCAAGCAUGCAAUGGUACAUGUUUUGAUAAUGAACUCGGACUUCAACAUUGUGUUAAUGGUUCUUUGCAGUGUAUUACAACUUGCAACAAUCGUUGCUACAAUGCAACGACUCAUGCUUGUCUCAAUGGCACUCUAUGUAAUCGAGACGAAGAGGUGUGCUUAAUUGAUUAUGACUUAUAUAACAGACCGAUUAUUCCACCAACCAUUACAUGUUACAAACCAUCAUCUGCAAAGUGUUUAAAUCAUAAACUUUGCUCAAGAGAUCGUAUUUGCAACGGACAAUGUAUUGUUUCGCCUAACUCAGACUAUCUAGUAUGCGCUAAUGAUAGGCGAACACUGUGCAAUAUUACAUCCUAUUAUGGUAGUAUGCGACCAUACCAAAUGCAUUUGUGCAACGAUCGCUGUUACGAUACGACGAUUCGCCAAUGUGUCAAUGGAGUUAUUUCAUGCAUCGAUGGCACAUGUGGUAAUGUAUGUUACAACUCCGAGUACCAAAUAUGUAUCAAUGGUAGCGUUUGCUCGAUAGGUCAUGCUAUAUGUGAAAUAAAAUAUGACAGUUAUUCAUCCCAGCUUAUUUCACCAUCACGAUUAGAAUGUUACAAUCUAAAGUCGCAAGUCUGUUUAAAUCAUACAAUUUGUAACAACGAUCGUGUCUGUGGUGAAAGUUGUAUAACUGGAUAUGAUAAUAUCUACAAAGUAUGUGCUAAUGGUACAAUAUGCAGAAUGAAUAAUGGUUAUACUAAUUAUAAGCCAAACCAAAUUCAGUUGUGCAAUGGCACAUGCUUUGAUGCUGGAAAUCCACUAGUUAAGCAUUGUGUUAACGGUAGUGUGGAUUGCAUCUUAAAAUGUUCUAAUUCUUGCUAUUAUUCAGCUACACAUGUUUGUAUCAAUGAGACUCUUUGCAAUAUUAACGAAAAGCUUUGCCACAUAAACAACCGGCCUAGGUGCUAUAAUCCUUCACAUUAUAACUGUUUAAACAACACACUAUGUCAAACUGGAUAUCACAUUUGCUAUCCUGGUGGUUGUUACCAACCAGCAAGUCAAAAGUGUUUAGAUGGCAAAAUUUGUGACAAUGAUCGUAUUUGUGGUGGAAAAUGUAUAAUUGAUACCUAUCAGGUGUGUGCAAGUGACCAAAAAACAAUAUGCAAUGUUACAAAACCAUAUUAUAGUUAUUAUCUUAAUCAAAUACAGAUGUGUUUGGGAGUUUGCUACGAUUCAGCGGUCCAACAAUGCACUGGUGAUCCUAGUAUUAUUUGCAUUGAUGAUCCUGGAAACAUAUUAUGUCUGGCUCUAAACAUAAAUUCGUCAACGACGAGUACAAAUUCAAUGUCACUCUCAACAACAAAUGGAAGUUCUUUUGCAACGUCCACAGUUUUUUCCACGGCUUUGAUUGGUACCAAUACAACCAACUCUUCUAUUUCAACGAAUGAUUCCACAUUAAGAACUAGUACUGUGAUAUCAAUAAACUCGACCGCGCUUGCUACUACUACUAGUUCUUCGUCAAUCUUAUCAAGUUUCACAUCAUUAUGGACAACCUUGAAGAGUACUUUAUCAGAAUCGAUACUUUCUACCACUACAUCGUCAACCUCAACCAGCGUCAUGUCCUCAACCUCAGCCAGCGUCAUGUCCUCAACUUCAUCCAGUACCACAUCAUCAAUUUCAACUAGUACCUCAUCAUCAACUUCAACCAGCACUGCAUCGCCAACCUUGACCAGCACCAUACCAUCGACCUCAAUUAGCACCACAUCAACUUCAACAAUGUCACAGCCACUAACUAGUUCAGUUCCAUCAUUGUCAGACAGUUGCUGUGCAGUACAACAAUGCACUAAAGAUGCUGACUGUUGUAUUCGUGGUACUGAGUGUCAAUGCUACCGUCACAAUCAAACUCAUGAAUAUGGUGCAUGUCUAAAUCCUUCUAUAAAACCAAUUUGUUCGGAUGGAUGCCCACAAGCUGGAUGCUUCUCCGAUGUAGACUGCUGUAAAUGUCAAUGUGGAACUAUAACAGUGAUCAAUGUUGACGGGCAAAUAAUUACGAGAAAACAGUGUGUGUCACGUCAAUAG